AUGCACAUCUCUCCAUCUUCAGUACGCUCCUCAGCACUUGGCAAGGCUUUCGAGCCUCUACAGUUGGACGACAGCGCCAUGCUGGCUGUGGGCCUCCUUGCUGAAGUGGGCAAGAAGGAGUCCAGCAAGUUCUGGCCAUACCUGAGGAUACUGCCUGGCGCGAAUGAUCUCCACAUUCCACUUCUGUGGCCAGAGGAGGACAGAAGGCGCCUCCUCGCGGGGAGCCCGCUCGAAUUGGCGGCGGAACAGCAACAACUGGGCUUGCGGGAGCAGUGGAGCGGCAUCCAAGCCAUGGCCAAAGACGUGCCUGAGUUCUCAGCCGAGUUGACGGAGGAGGAUUGGCUCUGGGCACAUGCCAUAGUUCUGACUCGCGCACUGCCCUUUGGCAACGAGCUCUCGCUGAUACCGGGCCUAGAUUUGGCCAACCAUCAGCUCGGGUCCAACAACACCUGCUCCAUUGGUGUGGCUGCGCCGGAUGGUAAAGUGGUCGAGGCCACGGAAUCCGCGCAGCUAGAGGGAAAAAAUCCUGAAGCUGUUCUGACAGCAGGCCGUGACCAUGCAGCUGGCGAGCAGGUCUUCAUCGACUAUGAUGGUGGUGUUGGUCUUCGCCUGGCAUGGGAGAUGGUGCACACGUAUGGCUUCGUGCCCAACAACAUGCCCGCCUACGCUGGUAGGCCAGUGUUCUUCGAAGGGGUCCAGGCCGCGGAUCCCAUGGCGCGGCAGAAACAAGCCCUCUUUGAGGCUCUGGGUGCAGACCCAGAGGUGUUGCAAGGCUUCUGGCAUGAGGUGCGGCCACUUCCAGCCCAGUGCAGGGCUAUGGCUCCCAAGCUUCGCCUCGCCCAUUUGAAGCAGGAGGACGGGGAGAUUGCCGCAGACCUCGCUGCCUGGAGAGCAGAGCCCAAGGCCACUCUCCAGGCCCUUCAGUCGCCUAUCAGCAAGGAGAAUGAAAAAAAAGUUGCCGAGCAGGUGGUGAACACCUGCACGGAAGCGCUAGCAGAACUGCCCGGAGAAGAAGAGCUCAAAGAAAAAGCUCUGAUGCCGCAGACAGCUGACGAGGAGCCUCUCCAAGUGCGAACUCGCUUGGCGGCCCGGGUGCUUCUGGGUGAGCGGCUUGCAUUGGAGACUUGCGUCCGUGAGUGGACAGUGUGGUCCGCAGCUCGAGCCAAUGAGCUCGACCUGGCAACAUUGCUCAAAGCAGCAGAGGCUGCAGUCGCCCUUGGCGCUGGUGGCCCGGAGCUUCGCAGCCUCGUCGCCGGGGCGGCGCUGCGCCGGCGGAGCGAGCUCGAUGGGCCGACAGCUCUGGCUUUCUCAGAGCUGCUGAGCCAACUUGGCUUACAUCCGGAGGACGACCUGAUGCUGGUGUUGGCAGACCUGACGACACCGGCACUCUACAUGUAUUGA